UAGGUAGAACCUGAAAGAAGAGACGCAGAAAGGGAAAGAUAUUAUUGAUUACCAAAAGAUACGUUUUCUAAUUUUCUAAUGCACCAUUCUUCUGCCACACUGUAGUCUCUGAUAUGUCAAGUAAACUUGCAAAACGAUUAUUUUCAACUGCCAUAUCAAUGUCUACAAACCAAUUUGUGAAAACUCGUCAGGAUGGUCCUGUUUUUUUGAUUGGAAUUAACAGAGCUAACAAGAAGAACUGUGUGAAUCAUGCAACUGCACUACAACUGAUUGAUGCAUUUGAAAAGUUCAAUGAAGAUUCAACAAUGAAAACUGCUGUCCUAUACGGAGAAGGUGGUACUUUUUGCGCUGGAUAUGAUCUGGAGUCUGUUUCAAAAGCUGAACAUCAAGAAGUUUCGGAAGAUUUUUGUGACAAGUACAGAUAUAUGGGACCAUCAAUCAUGAAAAUCAAGAAACCGUUGAUUGCUGCAAUUGAAGGAUUUGCAGUUGCAGGUGGUCUAGAACUGAGUCUGAUGGCUGAUUUACGUGUUUCUUCUCCUUCUGCCAAGUUUGGUGUCUUUUGUAGACGAGUUGGUGUUCCAUUGAUUGAUGGCGGAACAGUUCGGUUACCACGUGUUAUCGGAUUGGGAAGAGCACUGGAUAUGAUACUGACUGGACGGGAAGUUGGAGCACAAGAAGCUCUUCAAUGGGGACUUGUCAAUAGAAUCUCGGAUGAAGGAAAAGCUGUUGAGGAGGCAGUGAAACUCGGAAAACUUAUUGCUUCUCAUCCGGAAAUAUGCAUGCUGGCUGAUAGAGAAUCCACGUAUUACUCGUUAGAACACACGGAGCAUGAGAGUUUUGAAUACGAAUUCGGGAGUACAAAAGUGCUCGCUGAAAGUAUAAAGGGAGCACAGCAAUUUAUGGAGAAACAGAAGAACAAGAAAUCAAAAUUGUGAAAAUAACAAGAAACUAUAAAUAAUGUAUUUUCUAAAAUUCUAAUAAAUUACCGGUAUUGAAAAAAAAA